CAAGCGGCCAGUUGAUGAAUUGCAGUUUUAGUCACUUCCUUGUUGGCUUCACGAGAAAGAGCGCGAGGUUGCCGCUCGUUUUGAACUGAAGGCGCCGUCGUGUCCCUCUUCUAUUCCGGGCUGAAUGGAGAAGGUCAUCAGAGGGCGAGGCUAACCAUCCUGUUCAGUGUCAGGCUAAGAGUGAGGAGAAAUAGAUUAGGUAGGUGACUAGUUAACAUGCACCACAAUGUUCAACUGUAAAUUCGUUGGCUGUGAGCAUGUCUGAGAAUGUGUGUAACUAUGUUCAGCACACAAAACUGCAUAGCAAUGCCCCCAAUUAUCACUACCAGUGUGGGGUGCCUGACUGCUCACGGAGGUACAGAAAACACACGGGACUGCAAAUUCAUAUGUAUAGGCAGCAUAGGUCCUACCUGCAGGCUGCUGGGCCUAUACUGCCUGACACAUCAGCUCUACCACCUGACACAUCAGCUCUACCACCUGACACACCCUUGAAAUGUCUGCUUGAGGCUUGUGCAUUUAAGUGUGACACUUUGGCCUCUCUUAUUAAGCAUUUGAAGAUGCACAUAAGGGAAGGAAUGGUAACUAGAUGUCCAUUUAGAGGUUGUGAUUGCACGUUCACACACAUGAUGACUUUUGCUUCACAUAUUUCCAGAAAACAUAGGUGUGCAGAGGAUUCAGUUUUAGAUAACCUUGUUUUAGACAAGUCUAUUGCUACAGAGCCGUUGCCAGGGCCCAGUUAGUCAUAUUCAGAGGCUGCCGAGGAACAUAAUGAACCACAAAUGCCAUUAGCUGUCGACAAAAACCUAUUUUUACAGAACCUUACACUUUUCUACCUGAAAUUGCCAUCUAAGCUACUCUUACCAGCAAGCACCAUUCAAACCAUUAUUGAUGGCUUUCAAAGUGCUCAUGAACUUGGCCUGUCCAAUUCCCUAAACAUUCUGGGUGAGAAACUAAAAGAACUCAGAAUCCCUCAGGCCACUAUAAGCAGCAUCACUGAGGAAAUGAACAGAGAUGAUCUACUCACACUCUAUAACAGGGGAAUGCUCAGUACAGAUGCAAAUAGGAAGGCUGCUUUUAAAGAGUGUUUUAACUAUGUUCAUACAGUUCCUUUGCUCUUGGGUAAUGAUGAAAAUGACAAAGAAUAUUUUGCUCAGUAUGUUCCUAUACAUGAGACAUUGGUGACACUUUUCACAAAUGAGUCUCUACGUGAACAGUAUACCAUGACACGUUUGCAGCCAUCCACUGAUGCUGUCUAUCAGGAUGUCAAGGAUGGAGAAGGCUUUCAAAGUAAUCCAAUGUUGAAAGCUGACCCUUCUUCACUUGGUUUAAUACUGUACCAAGAUGCCUUUGAGGUUGUCAACCCCCUGGGCUCAGGGAAAAAAAAGCACAAGGUUUUAGCGGUUUACCUAACUCUGACUGACAUCUUGCCUCACAAUAGAUUGUCUAUUGAUCAGAUGCAACUUGUUCUCUUAUGUAGGGAACAGGACUUUAAGUAUUUUGGGGUAAAUAAAGUUUUUGCUCCCCUGAGAGGUGUAGUCACAUCUGAUGGCAUUGUACUAAAGGGCUCUUUGGUUGCCAUUGCAGGAGACAACCUGGGAUCCCAUUCUAUUGGGGGAUUCUUGGAGAACUUCAGUCGGUCUACUUAUUUUUGUCGUUACUGUGAGGUGUGUAGAGAUGAUUUCCUGACUAAUGCUAUAUCGUGUGGUACCAAAAGAACAGCCCAAUCAUACGCAAGUAAUUUGCAAGAGCAGGAAACUACUGCCACUGACUCUGUAUGCGGCAUCAAGUUUGACUCUCCUUUCAAUCAGCUUUCACAUUUCCAUGUUUGCCAGCCUGUGCCAGAAAAUUGCACAAUUUUAAGAAUUUGUGCAAAACUCUAGCAGAGAGGCACCAACUUCUACAAGCAUACUUGAGUGCAGGAAACUUGUUCCCUCCACUUGUACUAGCAGAAAAGGGGACUGAUUUUCAUGUUGACGAUUACAAUGACAGGAUCAGGGCAUCUGUAGCCAGUUGUCCAUUCCAGUUACAGUCGGCAGUGGCUUUUAACUAUGUUACAGUCAAAGGCACAGAUUACAGAAGGGGGAUGUACAUUUUACUAGAGAACAGUGAUGAAGGGCUUCUUAUGGGGAAGAUUAUGCUAGUUAUUGUUGUUCAUAAUUCGGUCUAUUUUGUCUGAGAGAAACAUACUUUUGUAAAGUUAUGUGACACAGGUGUGUACUGUGACCUAGGAGUGGCCCAAGACAAUUAUGUGUGCAUUAAGCAGGAAGAUCUACUGGACUACUAUCCUCUUUCAGCAUACAAUGUGUAUGAUCAGUCCCUUAUUGCUCUCCACCAUUCUUUUCCAGAGACAGUAUGAGCAGGGAGGAAAGUAAGGAUACAGGAUACGUGAGGAGAGACGCCAAGGAAGCAGUGUGGUCAUACUUGCCUGAUCUCCCUGAUGACCUUCUUUCCACCAUGCUGGAUGAGCUUGGGGUCGAGUCUAUUGAAGAUCUGACCUUGGUGGAGGAGAGGGAUCUGGUGAAAUACCUCAAACCUAUCCAAAGUCGGAAGUUAAUGAAGGGCAUCAAGGACGGACUUGUUACUGUUAAUAUGGAGUUUGUCUCUGCUCCUGAUCCAAGUGCUCCAAGUUCCCCAACUCCAUGUUCUCCAAACGCAACAUUCCAGCCUCCAAAUCAGCUGUUGCCCAGCCCUCCAAGCACUGCCCCAAGCACGUCAAGAGCUUCACAGCCUGGCGUACCAUGGCAUGUUGAUUUUCGUCUCAACUGGGACCAGGUGUCAUCAGCCAUUCGACUUAGAGUGGAAAAAGAAGAAAGACCAUUGCCAGACGAGAGAAAGGCCUUCGUGGUCGUGCUCGUGGACCAAAUGAUGCAGCACGACCGCAACCCAACCAGAGCCAUGUGCCACAGCGUUGUGAGAAACAUUGUCAGGAGCCAUCAAAAAUCAUUUGGCGACAUUGGCAAGCACGGUGAUACUGCUGGAGACGGAUGUCACUCUCUUCUGCAACAAGUAAAAACGAGAGUGGAGUACAAAAAUAGGAAUAAUACUCUUGCUCAACGCCGCAGAGAAAGAAGACCGUGCACAGGAAUGGAAGGAGAGGCCAGACUGGCAAGAGGUCCUGUUGACCAAUACGGGUGCUUCCUGGGCAUCAAUCCUGAAAGAGGCUAAAAGACCAAGAAGCGGACAACAAUGAACCCUCAU